UUGCUUAUGAGCUCUUUCCGACGCGCCCAGUGUUCCCUUACGGACGUUGUGACGUAGCCUACUCCGACCGAAGUGUUAUUUGCAAACAUCGUGGAAAUAAUACUCGGCUCAGAUAGUGAUUCAUUUUAUCAAGUCCUUACAGCAUAUGCGCCCGGUGUACUUUUCUGAUAGGGUAAUUCGCCAGUUUUUCUGAAAUUUGAGGUCAGCUCUUCACCUACGGGAUUUCUUCCAACGAGGGGAAUUAAAUUUGAAGCAGGAUUUCCUGGGGCGCGUUUUACCAAGUGUGUUAACUGUAAAGAGGAACGCAUCGUGUUAUUGGAGACUUUACUCUCUAUUCAGAGUUAUAAGCAUACCUAAAAUGUUUUAAUCAGUUGGGAACCAAGUGGGGGGUCGUCAUUUAAAUGGCAUUAAAUUACAUAAUAAUCUGACAUUGUUCAGAUGCUGCAACACAUGUUCUAAUGGCUGAGGCUGUGAGAAGAGCGAAGUAGGAAUGCUGACCCGAUAUACAUUGCCGCUGAGUUUAAGUUUUCGGCCUUCUCUGUUUGGUCAUUGUCUUCUCACAUCAUUUUUCAUUUUAUUUCAGUUUGCUCAAGGUGAGCUGCAGAAGUCGUGCAUGCGAACCGCAACGAACAAGGUGAGCGAGAGCUGUCGGCUGGCGUGCCAGUGUAGACCCUACCCUCCUUUACCUCCCCCGCCUCCGCCGCCACCGCUCCCCAGGCUUAUCGUCCACCAUGAUCCACUCGUGCCCCCUGUGGAGUCAUGGUGGAAGGAGACGGUGGUGCUGGGGACGGUGGGGUGCGCCUCUGUGGUAUUCCUUCUCCUAACGGCUAUCAUCGGCUAUAAAGUCAUAAAGAGGAAACCAAUGCGGAAGGAGGAGAAUGGGACAAGGGAACUUGCCAUGAGCUCCCGCAGCGUGAAGUUGGUGGACACCAAUAGCACCGGAGUGUAGGAGGCCUACGGACAGGAAGGGGAAGUGAUGCAAGCUACUCCAGUCAAAAAAAGAACACCUCCUUCCCACAGUGCAGUCAGGAACGGGGAGUUAUGAACUCUGGGUACACUUGUAAUUCAUGCUCUCGCAAAACAGAAACGAGUGAACAAUGGGAGAAAGGGAAAGAAAAAAUGUGAGUUAAUUUUGGAGGAAGACAAAGCGAGCUUUACCUGUAGGCCAGGCACCUCCGUGCUGCAUGAGGCUCCAGGUGUUCCGUGGACCAGCUGACAGCUACCAGCCCCAAGGAGGAAGCUGUGGCCCUUGUGACUUUACUGUGACACUGCAGAGCACAGGAACAAUAAAUCACAACAAGCAGUCGCAUGCACUUUUUAAUUCCCAGUGAAACUUAUUUCCACCCCCCUCUCUCUCUCUCAAUCCCCCCCUCUCCUCCCACCGCUUUUCUUCCUCCCUCUCUAUGUCUCUCGGUACAAUUAUGUUCUCUCCUCAUCCGCAAUGUGUCUGAAAUUGAGGCACACGAAGGAGGAAUCGGCUGGAAGUCAGGUACAAUGUUGGAGCUUCUAGGUUCUGUAAAACAUCUCCUUCCAACAAGUAAGCUUAAAUUUCAGAAAAAAGUUAACUAAACGUAUGCAUGACCAGGUUGUUCGGACUGGACUGCUGUUGUCCUCUAUGCAAUCUGACCAGUGAAAUGAGAAGGAAAUCCCAGUUGUGGUAAAACAAAAGCAUACAUAUUUAUGCACUCCUGGAAGGAUGAAGGUUAGUCUGACAGGUGCAGUCUGGUCAUGCGUUUAUUUAAUAAUAUUUUAUGCCCCCCCCCAAGACACAGGCACAUGGGUGAUUAAUGGCUGUUAUUGUCAAGAAAUGCAGCUCAAAUAAAACUAAACUUUGAAUUGAUCUUAAUUUCUGAAUGAUAUUAUUUAGUUGUUUAUCUGGAAGUCUGGUCUGGUUGCCCGCCUGGUUUAGUGGCAAGGUGCCAUGCUGGUUCAAAACAGAGGGAUAGAUUACCUUGUCACAACAGGUGCAUGGUUGUUUUUUAUUCAUUCAAGGUUGUGAUGAUGAUGAUGAUGAUGAUUAUGAUAAAGAUGAAGAUGAUAGGUACUAGGGAACUGCAAGCUUGUUUAAUCCUGGUCCAAAGCUAUAGUUGGAGAUGUACUGAAAUGUCCUUAAUUGCAUCCAAGCAGAAGCGUUAUUAUUCAUUUCCAGUACAGUCUGUUUCUCUGUGUUUUAAAAUGGAGAUGGGGUGAAAGGCUGAGACUGUCCAUCUGUUUCAUUGUAUUUACAUGUUUGAGCCUAAUGAGGAGCUGGUUUGAAACACCCCCGACAGUCUCACUUUGGUGUCUCUUACCACACUAUAGAUGAAGAAACAGCACUUAAAUAUUCAUAUUAAAGCUGAUAAAGUAAUUAAUUACUGUAAUUAAAACGUUCCCUGCAGUUAAUGCAUGUGCAAUAAAAAAAAAUACUGGCUUUGGUUUCAGUAAAUUAUAUGAGAUCAAUGUGCCAUCAGUGCCAAAUAACAGUUUUUGUAAAAUGAAUACUAUUGUUUGCUGGACAUUCAUGGAGGUUUGGGGAGAGACAAAUGUCAUUUACGUGUUAGAUGUCCUGAAUUGUAUCUUCAAAAGGUGGGGUGUAUUAAUGAUGCAUUUUUGCUUGGAAAACAUGCAACCCUAGUCGCACGUUGGGUCUAUAAACUGGUGGUUAAAAUGAAUCAAGAGAAUACAGUGAAGGGACUUCAUAUUCUCCUCAGACUAAGCAAAGUUUAUCUACCAUCCAGCCCAAUAUACCCCCAUCUGCCUCACUUACAGAAACAGGGAAUCUUUCUGACUGGUUUCUCAACUCUUGGCUGAAAUGACAAGCGUAGACCUUGCAUUGUGGCAUUCAACUGACAUAUGCAUGCCUGUCAAGUAACCUAUCGCACAUCUGUAAUAUAAUGUACAAAGGAUUAGACUGAAAUGUAACAAAUAAUGCAUGAAUGUAAAUAUAAAUAGUUAAUUAUUUGCCUUCUUUAUCACCUAUUCCAUGUACAGAAUAAAGAAAUAUGUUUAUAGGGAAAUAUAUUUAAAAGGUUGAGAUGCUAUCAAGCGGCAAUGAAUAAAUGUCAUGUUGUUGGGAAGAAGCCAUUCAUGUAUAUUGGGUAAUUAAAGUUGUUGCACAAUGUAUGCGUUGCAUAUAAAAAUGGAAAGCAUAUAUAUAUUAUAUAUACUGUGCAUUGUAAUAAUUUAAUUUCAAUAUGCUGACUUUUUUAUUUUUAAAUAAAAUUGUACUGUUAAAAAAUGA